UUUACAUAAGAUUUCAAAACUCAGCAGCCUUGCUAACCUCCUGACUCCUACCAGAGCAUCACCAAAACCACCUUUGCUCAGCAUCCACCUUUGAGUACCUUCCAAGCCUUCUCUCUAUUUCUUCUCCUUUUCUAAAUAUUAUACGAUAUGGACAAACAUACCAUAUAAUAUAUAUCUCUAGAUUCUUACCAAAUUUCUGACACGAAAAGAUCAAAAUAAGCACCCAAGUUCUCAGUUUCUCAUGGAAAGGAACAAAUUAGAUAUAGCACUGAUUUUAACUCUUGUCAUUCUUAUUGCCCUCCUCUCCUGCGCUCUCUGUAUUGCUGCAGAAUUCAAGAAAUCUAAGAAGAAAGAGAUAAAGUUGGAUGGGAAGUUCUGUUACAUACCAAAGAGUGAAUCAUAUGGGCUGGGGAUUGCAGCUUUGGUUUGUUUAUUUGCAGCCCAGAUUAUGAGCAAUCUCUUUGUUUCCAGAAAGUUAUGGUUUGGAAGGAAUAGAAGUUGCAGCAGCAGCAACUGUGAGCCCAGAUUUUCUGGAAUUUCCAUUCUUUUACUCUCUGUUUCAUGGAUCAGCUUUGUGAUCUGCGCCAUUCUAGUAAGUGCAGCCACAAGUAUGAGCCAAUCACAAGCGUUUGGUGAAGGAUGGUUGGAUGGGGAGUGCUACAUUGUAAAAGAUGGUGUAUAUAUUGGUUCAGGAAUUUUGGCCCUUUUUGCAGUUGGUACAACACUUCUUUCAUCAAUCAUCGCUUCAAAGAACACUCAAGUUGACCAUGUUACCCCAAAAAUUCAUGCACAAGUUGAAUAAAAAACACACAUAUACAUAUAUGAGUUCAUGACCAUGAAUCCAUUAAUCUUGUGAUUACAAUUACAAAAUA